AUGUACGAAGGGAUUGACAACCUGAAAUCCCUUUACGACCGUGCCGGGAAGACUUUCUCCGGCGGUCCUUCUGUGGCACAGGAUGUGCCGCGUCGUACUGCUCAACCAGACCCAGUACGUCAACCAUCAGUUGGGAGCGGGGCUCCCAAGUAUCCCAGGACGGGGGAUAGCCGCGCCACCGGACGAGAUAACUCGUCCGACGUCCGUUCACGUCGCGGUGGUUCAACAGCUGCUCAACCAGAUAGCGCUGGCCACCGCGAGAGUCCUCUAAUGAAGGUGGAGGAGGAGGAAAGACGCUCUCCACACGAUCGUCGGGACCCGUGUGUUUCCGAGAGCUUCUUUGAUCGCGUAACGCAAGGGUUACGCGGCGAUCUCGAACAUGAGCGGGACAGACGUCUCCAACUGGCGGACGCUGUCUCGAAGCAUCGAGCUGAGUUUGCCUUUGCUCAGCUUGAGAACGAGAGAUCUCUGACGUCUAUUCGUGACGAGCUACGGGUAGCUCGUGGGAUUGUUGACCGGUCUCGUGAUGAGAUAUCUGCUCUUCAGACCCUUGUUGAUGCCCACCAUCGGGAGCACAAGGCUCUCUGCGAGAUGCUUGAGCGCAAGGGCGUUCUUCAUCGGAAGAAGCAGCGUACUGAUGGUACGGCUUAA